GACGCGCGCCCGUAGUUCGGGACCCGGGCCGCGGGAGGUUUACGGUCGUUGCUGCGCGCGCUUCCUGAGCGCUCUGGGAUGGCGGAGGGAGGUAGCGUGCUAGGCCGUGGCUGUUGAGAGAUGACCUUAUUCGCGGGUCUGCAGUGGAGUCCAUUUGAGCUCCAUUUCCGCAGUCGGGGAUCUUUUCAACUUCACCUCAGGCCUGGGGUCCCUCGACGACUAGUAGAUAAAUGAAGAUUUCAUUUCUGAGAUGGAAAGCCCAGACUCAGCUGUGAUUUUACCUAGCACUCCGCAGGCCUGUGAGAUUCCAUCCUCUCCCUGUACAUAUAGUUCAGGAAAACAACCUAUGAGUGCAACACUUAGAGAACGAUUAAGGAAAACAAGAUCAUCAUUUAAUUCCUGUUCCAGUGUGGUGAAACGCCUGAAAGUAGAGAAUGAAGAAAGUGAUCCGAUUUUUUCAGAGAAACCAGUAUCCUCAAUGGAAGAAAACCAUUUGGAAUUUCAAGGAAGUUUUAAACACACAGACAGUGAAUCUGAAAAGAGUACAUAUUUAAAAAACACCUUCAAGAAUAUCAGUGCCUGUGAAUCUAAAUCACUUGAUACUGGGUCAUGCAGUGCUCUCCAAAAUGAUUUUGCCAGUGAGAAUCUUCCCAAACAAGAAUUAAAGGAAGAAAAAGCAAAAUUGGUGAAGCAGGUUCAGGAGAAAGAAGACUUCCUUCGGAGGCUAAAACUAGUCAAAAUGUAUAGAUCAAAGAAUGACCUGUCUCAGUUACAGUUGCUAAUAAAGAAGUGGAGAAACUGUAGCCAACAGUUGCUUUAUGAGUUGCAGUCAGCUAUGUCUGAGGAGAACAAGAAACUAAGCCUUACUGAGUUGAUAGACUACUAUGGGUUAGAUGAUAAAUUGCUACACUAUAACAGAAGUGAAGAAGAAUUUAUAGGUGUUUAAUUCAUAAUUUUUUUUUUUUCCAGAAUUAUCUUUGAGAAUGACAAUUACAAGGUGCUUAUAUAUUUUAAAGGGAAGGUAUCCUGAUGAACUAUCAGUUUAGGGCACUCUGUUACAUAAUCUAUAUUCUAAAAUAGAAAUUUCAUGUUUUGUAUAAAUUUGCCAAAGAAAACUAGACAUUUAAAGAAGUAUGAAAACAAAAACCCUUAAAUUAUGUUUAAAAAAUAAUUUGGGCAGGUUCUGGAAACCAUUUCAAUAAACUUUAUUGUAACAAAGUUAUUUUAAAUGCUAAAAAAUGGUCCAAUUUGGUGAUUGUCUAAACCUCAACUGUGCUAAAAAUUCUGCCUCUUUACUCAGUGUAUGACCCUCGUUUCCAUCCAUUUACCACAUAUUCCAUUUGUAUGGUCUAGCAGGUAAUUAAGCUAAUAUGUCCAAAAUUGUAUUCUUCUCUCUCUCUUUAAAUCUGUUUGUCAUAUUCAUCUCAUUUAGUGAAAUGACAAUCUGUUUCUUAUAAAAACCACCUGUCAUCUUCCACUUCAAGGCGUCGUGGCAUACAUACAAGCUUUCAUCUAACUUUCUAGCUUUAGCUGUGAAAUAGAUUGUACUUAAGAGUGUUUACUCAGUUCACAGUUACUCCUCAGCCAGAAACACACCCCCAUCCACAGGCCUGGGUUUCUGGCUGCCAUGUUGGUACAAUGUUAAUUAUUAUCCUGGCCAUAUAUGGAGAUAGGACCCAAGCUGAGAAUUUGGAGCUCAGGAAAAGAAAGCCCAUCUUUGUGUGGAUGAAACUCUUAUGUGUAAACUUGGGAGCAGCAAAGCUGGUAUGCUCAAGAAUAAUGUGUGCACUUUCAGAAAAAGGCAGAGAUGAUAGAUGGAGAUAGAACUUUCUGGAUUAGUGGCUUCCUAGUCCUAGUUCUCAAUCCUUUCUGAGGUCUUUCUGGAUUUCUGCUUUUGGGUUCUUUGAAGGGCUAAAACAGCUUUACUCACUUAGGGGGAAAAUAGUAAUUUGAAGGAAAGAAAAGUGCUUCCCUACUAGUUGGUAAAUAGUCAUUACCCUGAAAACCCCCCACCCAAGUGCAUUCCCCUUUAAGGCUACCUCCCCCCCCACCCCCAUCUAACACCUCCCUACUCUGUGGCACAGCAGGGACCACAGUACCCUGUUCUUACAUCCAUUUUAAUUGUCAGUGCCUGUAAUGGUUUUAGGAAACCCUGGUGGCAUAGUGGUUAAGUGCUACGGCUGCUAACCAGGAGGUUGGCAGUUUAGAUCCACCAGGCGCUCCUUGGAAAUUAUUGGGCAGUUCUACUCUGUCCUAUAGGGUCGCUAUGAGUCGGAAUUGACUCAGUGGCAGUGGGUUUGGUUUUUGGUUUUUUGAUAAUGGUUUCAUGUGUCAACUUGGCUAGACUAUGGUACCCUAGUACUAUAUUUGAUAUUAAUAUUAAACACAAAUCUAAGUAUUACCCUGAAGAUAUUUUGUAGAUGUGGUUAACAUGUACAACCACGUGAUUUUUAAAUGAAGGAUAUUACCCUCAAUAAUGUGAGUGGUCUUUCCAGUCAGUUGGGAGGCCUUGAAGAGCAAAAACUAAGAUUUUCCAAAAAAAGAAAUUAUGCCUCAAGAGUACAGCACUGACUGUCUGAGUUUCCAGCCUACUGGCCUCUACAGAUUUCAGACUUGCCAGCCCCCACAAUCAUAUCAGCCAAUUCCUUAAAAUAAAUCUUUUUGUAUAUGUAUGUGUGUGUGUACCUCUACUGGUUCUGCGUCUGGAGAACCCCGACUAAUAUAGUGACCAUGCCAAUACACUUCCUCUCUCCAAAUCCCUGCCUUCUAGACACUGUCAUGGCUGUUGACUUCUGUGAACCCAAGAAGACUGGCCUAGGCCUCACGGGGGCCUUCCCUGGCUCUGGGAUGUCCUAGAUGGGUACUCCUGGGGGAGUGUGCUAUUUUAGUGCCUACCAGCCAGCCUCCAUCACUGCUUGUUCCUCAGCUAGAGAGCCUAAAUGCGGCAGGGAAAGUGGUGCUCCUGGAGGUCUGUUGUGCUGGCAUCCUGAUGAGCAAAUGUGUGGUACCCAUCUAGACCUCAGAGGCUGCAGCUGCCUGCUGCGGACUGGUGCUUCCCAGAGUUACCCUCACAUGUCCACUUGUGGGAACUACAGCAUCAGUGGAACUCUGGUUGUGGAAAAGCUGGGCAGAGCAGAUGGUCCAUAGCAAUGGGAAUUUCAAAGGCACUGGAUGGUGCUGAGGGCUCCAACAGCACAGAGGGCAUUCCCACAAUAGGAGGUGGGUCAUGAGAGAUGAAUGGGGCUAAUGGGAGAGUUUAGGCUCUCUCUAUGGGGCAGGUCCCCCUUUUUACCAUUUCUGUUGUAUUUCACCACCAUUUAACGGGAUAAUUUUAUUAAUAAAAAUAAGAGCUAACACUUAGCACUUGUUUUGUGUCAGUUUUAAAAGUAUAUUAAUUCGAGUAUUAUAAUGAUCAACAUGCCCAAUUUUAAAGAGCUACAAAAAUCUAUAGGGUUGCUAUGAGUUGGAAUUGACUCGAUGGCAAUUUUUUUUCUUUUAAAUAACAAUAUGAAUGAAUUGCUGUUCAGCAGAAGCUGAGAGGAGUCAGUACUAUGAACUGUAUCAAGUGAAGAGUUGGGAUACAGAACCCCUGUGCCUUUCCAAAGCACCUGCCAACUCCUCAAACUAGAAAUACCUCCUGAUGAAGAGAGUGCUGCUACUGGAAUACAGCUUGUAGGCAAGAACUCCUGCUAACCCUUACUCCAUCCAUAUCUCAAAGAUGAGACACCUAAGCAAGUAGGAUUUCCGGAGUCACCCAGGGUGGCCACUAAGAAAUAGAAAUCA